AUGUCUGUCUCUCUCGUUUCAAACGCCUAUCUCGACGAUGCGUCCUCAAAGAUUAGGUCUAAGCCUGUACCUUGGGAGGGCUAUCAACGGGCCGACCUCGUUACUUCAGAGGAACUCGCUUUAAUCAAGAAAAUAGAUCGACAAUCCAGAGCAAAGACAGAGUCUCUACUUCUCAAUGAUGGCCAGACAUACGCUCUCCUGUACCUGCGGCUUCUCAAGAAACUUCAGCGGUUGGAUACGAUGCAGUAUAUCCUUGUGCUUAUAGCAGAUGCUUUGGCUGAUCAUGACGAACGAAUUCCGCUGUUUACUCGGACCGCAGAGAACGAACCCGAAUUACCGUAUGGCCCUUUAACGAGAGUAUUAGAUAUGCAAGAUGAAUUCAUGCAACUCAAAUCCGCACAGAUACUCACCGUGCUUCUUUGUGCUGAACCGCGCCCUUUGGCCCCAUCGCAAUUGCAUCAAUUUCUUGGAACAUUGGCUACUAUGGUACAAAGCAACUCGCCGAACAAGCAUGACGUCGGUGUGCAAUGUUUGGAAUCAUUGUUGGCACGACCAGAAUGUCGGCAAGCGGUAUGGGCUAUUCCAGGGAUAAUUGCUGGACUGGUUGAAAUUCUCAAACACAAACAAGGACCUCAAAUGUGCUAUCAAGUUGCGUUCUGUUUCUGGCUGCUAACGUUCGAACAAAAUAUCGCGGAGGAGAUCAACAAAAAGUUUGACAUUACUCCCUUGCUCAUUAAUGUUGCUCAAAAUGCCGUAAAAGAGAAAGUCAUCCGUGUCAUUGUAGCUACCUUUCGGAAUCUAGUAUUCAAAGCGCCCAAAGCCAACCUUCCAGCGAUGCUGGUAGCCCAAUUACUGCCUUACGCUAAGAAUCUCUGUGGUCGAAAAUGGACGGAUGAAGACAUUGUCGAGGAUGUACAAUACCUGCGCGACGAGCUUUCCGCCAACUUCCAAAGCUUAACCACUUAUGAUGAAUACACCUCGGAACUUGCUUCAGGACAUUUAUCAUGGAGUCCGGUACAUGAAUCAGACGAUUUCUGGAAGGAGAACGUGACAAAAUUAAACGAGAAGGAUUAUGGGCAGUUGAAGACUCUACUCCAGCUACUAAAUGACUCACAGGACCCUAUCGUCCUUGCUGUCGCUGUGCACGAUAUCGGGCAAUAUGUCAAACAUUACGAACGGGGAAAAAAGAUUAUCAACGACUUGGGUGCAAAGCGUCGCGUUAUGGAGCUCAUGUCACAUUCGGAUUCAGACGUUCGAUAUCGAGCAUUGAUGUCUGUGCAGCAGCUUGUCAGUCAACCUUGGAUAAGUGUAUAA